AUGGAAGGCAGUGUCUGGGUCACAAAUCUGCCGCAUCAGAGCCUGGGCUUCAUAUUAGCAGAUGCUGGAUAUGAUGUUUGGAUUGGAAACAACAGAGGAAACUCCUGGUCUAGAAGACACCAAAACCUUUCAAUUGAAGAAGAAGCAUUCUGGGAUUUUAGGUAAGUUCAUUUGGUGUGUAAUCACUGGAAUUCACCAUUCAAUGAGAUUUAUUCUUUUGCAGUUGAGUGACUGGAAUUUGGCAUUCAGUGUUAUUUUGUAGUUCAAGCAUGCUCACCCUUGCCUACUUUAUUAUGCAUUGAAUAGACUUGAUGAAGGCUAAUGUUGGGCUAUAGUCAGCCAUUAAAGUAAUUCUAUAUGUGUGCUAAAUGGUUUUUAGUUCUUAUCCAGGCCAUAAAAUUUAUAGACACAUCCAUGAAAUGAUUUCACUGCAAUCCCUUCAUCGACAGUCUGAUUUUAUGGUCCAGGAAAAGUUUUACCAUCUGACUUUGCUGUGAUUCUGUAAACGGAAACCUUCUUCUUAGUAAAUGUGCUCAUGGUUUUAGUGUUAAUUUGUUGUAUCGCAGCCUGGGCACAGCUGGCCCUAGUAAGUUUCUCUUUCCCCUCAUCUUGUCACCUAAUUUUAGGUAUUUGAUGGUAAAUUCUGCUUAAUCUUCCCUUUUGUUCCUUAAAUAUUUUUAGUAGUGCUUUCUAGAGAAAGAGCUUAUGCUUGUAACCAAAGAUUAUGAGUGCACUUAAUUCUCAUUUACUUUGUUUUGUGGUUUUCAGUUUUCAUGAGAUGGGAAUCUAUGACCUUCCUGCCAUGGUAGACUUCAUUCUGCAGAAAACUGGACAGAAGAACAUCUAUUAUGUCUGCCAUUCUCAAGGAUGCUCUGUGGGUAUGAUAACUAUAAACCUUGGCAUGCACUCUAUAGAGGGCCAGUUUGGCAUGGGAUGGUCCAAUGUUGAACUAGUUCUUGGUCAUAUAAAGAAUUCAGAUUAAGGCAUAAAAACCACAUCAUUUUUUGAAUGCACCAGGUAUCUACUGUAGAUGGCACCAGAUAUCUACUGAAGUUUUAGUUAUCCAAGAACCUGUGAUAGGUUUGCUGUCUUUAUAAGAAACAUAGUACUCUUUGGAUAUUUAUUUGAAUGCACGAAAGGGGAAGUGGGAUUGUGUGUUGCUGAUCUCUUGCAUAAGCCUUUUAUUGAGCCUGAAAGUGUAUGUGUGGGGAACAAUUUCUACAUAAUUGGGAAGUAAGGUUUCAGGGGCAUGAUUACAUUGAGAGAGCCUUCCACGCGGGCUUAAAAAAUAUUUCUAAUUGAUGUAGAAAUGAGGAGAACUGAAUUUAAGAUUGGAAAAAUGAGAAUCUGAGAGUAAAUGAAAUUGAUAUGUAGGAUAGAGGGCUUCCCAACUCUGCCCCAUCGCAAAGCACAUAGGCUUCAAACAUGUAUCUAUUCAUCUGACAUAAAGUCUAUGUCAUUUUGUUGCAAUGGUGGUAAUUAUGUCAUUUAGUGAGGUUCCAAUUCCAUCCUAUAAAUUAGCUUUGUAUAUUGCAUGUAGUCUAACUCUUCCAUUUUGAAAAAGAAUUGUGCCGCAUGAAAUGAAUGUUAAUUUUGCUCAACUAUGUUUUAAAGUAAGAGUCUGCCUAUAAAUGCUGCAUUACUUAAAUUCAAAACUAAGGGAUGCUAAACUGAAUUUCCCACUCCUCUCUAGCUUUUGCGGCAUUUUCUAUUUUACCUCAAAUGGCUGAAAAAAUUAAGAUGUUUUUUGCCCUGGCCCCUUCCUAUACGUUGCAGUACACUAUCAGUGUCCCACUACAAAUCAUACGCUUUCCAGCAGCACUGGUGAAGGUAUGUGUGCAAUCAUUAUCUUUUCACAAUUUUCAUAAGCUCUAAUUGACAUGACAUAAUGGGAGAUGUCUAAUUUUAUGGCUCAAGCCCAGUUUUUUUGUAGGUAAAUUAGCUGGGAAAACAUGGUGUGUGGUUUUUUUUGGGGGGGGGGGUUAAUUAAUAAUUUAGAUUCCAACACCCUUAAAUUUUCAGACAUGCAAUUUGUUUUUCACUAAAAUGUUAUCAUGGCUAUCAAAUGACAGAAAAGAAAGCACGAAGGAUAAACUAUUUUUUAAAAAGUACCCUCUUGAGACUGGAUAUAUAGAGUCCAAAUUAUGAAGACCAAGGAUCAUAACACAGAAGACCAGACAAGAUGUUUUGGCUCACCUUAUAAGGAUAUAAAAAGAAUGGUCUACUGAGUGAUCUGGUGCCAUUGAGCUUCUGUCACAACAUUAGUGUCACUGCAGUUUACCAAGAUAUGCAAGACAAGCAAUGGCAAGGUUUGAGCUUCAUGGAUAUAUUAGGAGAGCCAACCCACACAGUGCAAACUAAAUCAAUCAGUCAAAUCAACUUGCACCCAACCUUUCUGAAGUUAAAACUCUUCAUUUGGAAGAUACGUAUAAUAUUUCUACCUUUUAAAGAAUAACUUCUGAAAGAUUCCAAUAGAUUCAUCUUUUUCCCCUUGUUUUGUAAUGCGAUAACUUUGCAAUUUUUAUAUUUGGCGAUUAAAACCUUUUAAAAAAUCAGCAACAAAAAACCCCUUAAUAUGAACCAGCUACAGGGACAUUUAAACUGCCCCAUUUAAGAAAUGCCUUUGAGAGAUUGGGAUUAUGAAAUAUCUCUGGCUUUCUGCAGGCUAUAUUUGGCACAAAGGAAUUUUGUCUGCUGAGUCCAAAACUGAAAGCCCUUCUGGCCCGAAAGUGCAGCCGUCGCCUGGUAGAUGAGCUUUGCAAACAAGCUCUUUUUCUUGUCAGUGGAUUCAAUGAAAAAAAUCUAAAUGCGGUAUGUCUCUUCAUUUAUUUAUCAUAUUUAUGACUGGGGUGUAUGGGGUGUUAAAGGAGAGGUAGUACUUCUGUUGGGGGACACGUUGUGCCAGUGUGGUGUAGUGUGGUGGAGAGCCAGUGUGGUGUAGUGGUUAAGAGCGGUAGACUCGUAAUCUGGGGAACCGGGUUCGCAUCUCCGCUCCUCCACAUGCAGCUGCUGGGUGACCUUGGGCCAGUCACACUUCUUUGAAGUCUCUCAGCCCCACUCACCUCACAGAGUGUUUGUUGUGGGGGAGGAAGGGAAAGGAGAAUGUUAGCCACUUUGAGACUCCUUUGGGUAGUGAUAAAGCGGGAUAUCAAAUCCAAACUCUUCUUCUCCUCCUCCUUCUGGGGUAGUUUGUACACCAUUGGUCCCCCCACCCUACAGUCAGCUUUCACCUGGCCUGCUAAAUCAGGUGAGGGUAAGCAAUGGGUCUCAAACCUUUGGUGAGUUAGAGAUUUCCCUUGCAUGCAUAGACAGGCUGUGGCAGACUGAGUGGACAAGACCAGUAUUGGAUCCAAUGCUCAAGAAGGCAGUUUCUGCACAUGCUGAAGAGGGAAGUGAGGGGCAGAUGGGGCUUGUCAAAUGGAAGAAGGGGCUCUGCAGGCCCACGAGCAAGGAUGGGGGAGACCCUGGCCGAAUCAAGACUCCAUAUAACAUCAGGGAGCUCUAGACAUGUCACUGAAUGGGCAGGUGGGUGGUGGUGGGCACAGACAACAGGUGUGUCCUGGGUGGGGAAAUAGGCCAGAUAGCCAUGAGCCAACUCCUUGUGGCACAUAAGGGCUGUUCAUUUGAAGGGUUGUUCACAGUUAUUUGAAUCAUAAAAUCCUAGAACUGUGGAGUUCAGGCACCCAGCUGGUUCACACAACUCAUUCAUGAUAUACCAGUUGCUAUGAACUGCAUGUCAGGGUUUCCUCAGCAUCAGUUUUGCACUUCAGAAAAACAUGUAAUAACAUAUAUCUGCUUUUGUCCUCUGCCAACAGUCCAGUACAAUGAGUUUUGGUUAAGUGAAAUGACUUCUAAAUUUACCAUUCCCUUACAGAGUCGGACUGAUGUAUAUGUAUCACGAUUCCCAGAUUAUACGUCUGUGAAAAAUAUGAUCCACUGGGGCCAGGUAGAGAUACUAAGAUCUCCCUUCUCUCUCUCAUUCUCUCUCUGUUGAAUGUUGUCUGCCUUAUAAAAACUUAGAUAUUGUUUGAAUAGAAGGGAGCCAGAAUAGAUUGUAGCUGAGUUUCCAGUGUAAAAUGACACAAAAAACGCUGUGAAAAAUGAUUUGAAAAAUGUAUUGAAUUUUACAUAAGCUCACUAUUGUCAUCUAGUGACAAAUUUGUAUAAUGCACUUAAAACAAACUUUUAACGUUAUAUUUGCAGCUGUAUAGCUGAGUCCCCAAUUUAGCAGUGGCAAAACCAGAACCAACAAGCCAUUGUAACCCAGACACUGCCUAAAUUGGCCUUACCAUGAGGUAAAGUGAAGCUGUCAACUUAGGUGGUAGGUGCUGGAGGUGCAGCAGCAGAAGCCCACCUCAUGUUUAAGCCAGUGCCCCUGUCCUGAGCCUGUGUCCCAGUAGCAGUAAUGUUUGCUUAUUGCUAAACUGGGCUGUAUGGAAGUCUUGCCUAUUUACUUUCUCCCAACGCAUCAAAGAGAACACCAUUAAGAAAGGUCCUUGGCUGAGUGAGCAGGAAAAGAGGCAGCUACUAGCCUGGCCCACGGCAUUUGUUUGAGUGGGAAGUGUGCAAGAUUCAAGCAAAGUGCUGGAGGAGAGAGCUGUGUGGGCUGCCUUGUGGCCCUUAAGCUGGCCUGCUGCCCUCAUGUGCAGCAUAAGUUGCUCUCCAUUGCUAGAGUUCCAGCAAGAUUCAACUGCCGGUGCAAUCACCAUUGUUCCACCUGCCUUGCUCCACCUUCCAGCCCUAGGAAUCCUCAUAAGGGAGCUGUGCUUAGAGGAAGAACUGUGAGGGGAGAGACUUCAUCAGGCAAGGCCUCCUUCUACCUGCCUUGCCCCACCCUCCAGUCUCUGCUUCUCAAUUUGUAUUGUAUUAUUUUAUGCACUGUGGCUUGCCGUUGUUUUUAUUGAUGAUAGUUUAUAAAUUAUUUAUUGUAAUUUAAGGGUGGAUUUUUGUUUAAUUUUUAUAUGCUGAUAUUUAAUAUUCUAUACUAUUCUAAUGGAUUGUUGAAUAUUACUUUAUUUGAUAUAAGUUGCUUAUUUUAUUAUCACAUUUUUGUGUUGGAUUAGAUUGUUAUAAGGUGUACAUACAAGGUGUCAUAAGGUGUACAUUCUUUGUUUCUUCAGCUUGUAAACCACCUUGGGUAUAGUAAAAUAGAAAGGUGGUAUACAAAUUAAAUGUUAAAUGAAAUGAAAGUGAAAGAUACUCUCAGUGAGUGCCCUCUCCCAACAUCUUCCUCUUGGGUUAGCUUUGCUUGUCGUUCGAUUUCGUUGGCGGGCUGUAUACUCACCUAUCUAUUUUGUUUUCUAGACAGCUAUGGCAGGUCAAUUCAGAUAUUUUGACUGUGGCUCAAAGAACAUAGAUAUAUACAACCAGGUAGGAAUUUGCUGGAUUUUUGUGUUGUCUGCAAAGGUGAUUAAAAGUGAGGGUGUGUUCCAAGGGGCAGUUUAAAUUGGAUUUGAUACAUCCCUUGUGUGCAUUUUUUGUGCAUCAUCCACACAACACCAUCCUCGUUCAAGUAGCAGUCCACACGUCCCUCAAAUUACUUCUGAUUUUCACAACUUAUUGAUAAUCCAAUAAAAGAACUGAAUUUAAAAUCACUUGGUUUACUUUGGUGAAAGUUUGUUGUGUGCAGUUUCAUAGAUUAUUUUUUUUAAGCUGCAGAUGUGUACAUGUAUCUAGGUGAUAUUCAAUCUGUCUCUUCCUAGACGACUCCUCCCUUGUACAGAAUUGAAGCUAUCACCAUCCCAACAGCGAUGUGGAGUGGAGGACAGGACUGGGUUUCGCAGCCCAAGGAAAUUGCAGAAUUGCGGCCUCGAAUUACUAAUCUCAUUCAUGACACAGAGUUCCCUAAGUGGAACCACUGGGAUUUCAUCUGGGGCCUCGAUGCUUUUCAGUUGAUGUACCCAGAAAUACUUGACCUGAUGGAGAAGUAGCUGGGAAACUGUUUGGUUAUUAUUGCUCUAUUAAUGGUGAAAUCAAGGUGGGAUUCUGAGAUCCCCACAAUCUUCAGAAAUAAAGUUUAAAUAUAUGUCACCUCAUUUUGAUUAUUAAAUUAGUCUUGCUUGCAAACCUCCUAGACAGUCCUUCUCCAAGGUAGCCAGAAAGGAUCACAAUGAAAAUCAGCUCCAAAAAGGACUGAAAUGAAAAGAAGUUUUUUAGACCCAGGCCAAGGUAUGAGCACCACUAGGUAUUAAUGUAAGAUCAGCAAGGAGGUUUUAUUUAUUUAUUGCAUCAGGAAAGUACCCUAUGUAGAGUGAUACAUUAUAUCCUAUUGAAUUUCCUGGAAAAAACUAGUUUUUGAUUUAAAUAUAUAAUAGUGUGACAAGUAUAUGUGAUAAAAUGUCUAGUUAGACAUUUGCAAUGAGUCACUGAGGUUUAUUGUUUUGUCAGUAAGCUUAAGUACAUAGUCAAAAUUAAGUUGCAUUUGUAUACAUAAAAAUGCAAGUACAUCUCCCUGAACAUUCUAAAGCGUGAAUAAUGAAUACAUUGUGUUCUGUUUCUGCCAAAAUGGAGAUGUGAAGCUUUUUUGCACCCAGAUCCAUUGCCAAAAAGUAAGCAAAACACUUUUGAAGAACACUUGCUUCCUGCUGAAUGCAGUCUUCCUGUCUCAAAAAAACACAAUAAUCUAACUUUUUAUCAUCCAAAGCAUUUCUAUAUUCUAAAGUAAAGGAACAGGUUUUCCAACCAAAGUACAAAAAAUGAUGGUUUCAUUUGAGGCAGAGCACAUCAAAACACAUUUGCAAUGCAUGUUUCAGUCCUGAAAAUGUGCAGUGAUAAUCUCUACUCCUGUAGAGUACAUUGUACUAGACCAAUCAUAAUUAACUUCUGCUGUGUCUGAGAUUAGGGAGCACAUCUUCCUCAUCUGGGGAGAAUGUGAAGUUAUAUCCAGGGCAGUGUUGACCCCAAGUGUUUCGUUUCAAAAAUUCACAACACUCACAAAAAACCUAAGCAAAAAUGACAACACCAACAUUUUCCUCCAUUCAUUUUCAUUGGAGAUACUUUGAACUUAAGCUAGGUGAAGGGCUUGUUGGUAGAAGAUCCACACACCUUUUCUGAAAAUACCUAGAACUGCAUGUGGCUCAGAUUCAUCUCCCCCGGACCCUGGGGACUCACAAAGUCUCCUGUGGGACCUGAAAGGUGACAAAACUGAGUUCCAGUUAGUUCCAGCUGAAAAAAAGGCCUGGAUCAUCACCAAGCUGUUCUUGAGCUCAAAUCAUUACAAAUAUACUGCAAAUGUGGGCUUGAAUUGCAAGAUAAUGUUAGGAAAUUUGUUCCCCACCUGUCUGGUAAAGUCACCUGCACUCCUCUCAAAAAACUUCUGCAGAGGAGAAAUAUAUAACACAUUUGGAAUAUGUAAAGAUUUAAAAGUUUAAUUAAAAAUUGACAAAGGAAACACAAACUUCUGGCUGCCCUCCUGAACAAUGAGGGAUGGGGAAUACAGAAGGGAAAUUGCCCUGCAUUGGGUAGAUUACAGCCAUAGUGAUAUUAAAAAAAAAUAAAAUUGUAUUUAGUUGCCGAGAAGACUAAUUUGCCUCUUAAGUCCUUAAGCCACAACAUUUGUUGUUGUUGUUUAGUUGUGUCCAGCUCUUCAUGACCCCAUGGAUCAGAGCACGCCAGGCACUCCUGUCUUCCACUGCCUCCCACAGUUUGGUCAAAAUCAUGCUGGUAGCUUCGAGAACACUAUCCAACCAUCUCGUCCUCUGUCAUCCCCUUCUCCUUGUGCCCUCUAUCUUUCCCAACAUCAGGGUCUUUUCCAGGGAGUCUUCUCUUCUCAUGAGGUGGCCAAAGUAUUGGAGUCUCAGCUUCAGGAUCUGUCCUUCCAGUGAGCACUCAGUGCUGAUUUCCUUAAGAAUAGAUAGGUUUGAUCUUCUUGCAGUCCACGGGACUCUCAAGAGUCUCCUCCAGCACCAUAAUUCAAAAGCAUCAAUUCUUCGGCGAUCAGCCUUCUUUAUGGUCCAGCUCUCACUUCCAUACAUCACUACUGGGAAAACUUAGCUUUAACUAUACGGACCUUUGUUGGCAAGGUGAUGUCUCUGCUUUUUAAGAUGCUGUCUAGGUUUGUCAUUGCUUUUCUCCCAAGAAGCAGGCGUCUUUCACAACAUAGCACCCAGAAAUUAAAAAUGGGUUUGCUGUGCCUCUUUAGUCAGUUAUUAUGUUCCAGGCAAAUCUGAUCUAAUGAAUAAGCGCUGCUUCCAUUUCAUCAUUUUUAAUCCCACCAAACCUGUUGUAUAAUUAAAUGCUGCACUGCUACAAUGACUUGCUUCCUUGCAGUUUGUUACAUUCUAGAUCUUAUGCAACAUUUAUUCAAGGUCCCAGCUCCAUCUGAGUACCAACGGCAGGUAAGCAAAGGGCUAUUUUUUCAAAACAAAACAAAACAAAGCACUGAUCUUCUUAAUUUGAGUAUGGUGAUAUAUUCUUGCCAUUUUUCAGAUUGUACUCUUAAUGAAAAUAUAACUGAUUAUUAAUUAUCAUAAGGCUCAAUCCUGUAAAUGUCAAAUCUCAAUGAACGAAUAAUGCUUAAUAUAAUGUCAUACAUGUUUAAGCCCCAAUGAAAUUUGCAGGAUUAAAGCACUUCACACUGUGAGAUUUACAGUGGAAUCCUAUGCAUGUCUCUACAUAGAAGUAAGCUCCCUUGAGUUCAGUGGAGCUUGCGUCUAGGUAAGUGUAUGUAGCAUUGAUCUUUUUGCUUGCUAACCUGUACUCAUCUGUAAGUCCCAUUGAACCCAGAAGGACUUACUUUUGAGUACAAAAUCUGCAUGUACUUUUUUUAGACUGACUUAAAGAAAGCAGCUGGAAAAAAAUUGUUUGGGCUUCCAGAAAAGAAUAUGGGGAAAUUCUCAUGCAAUUUUGUAUUUUUAUAAAUAAAAUUAAGUAAUCUUUGAAAAGCAUUUCUAUACCAGCCUCUUACAAAAUGUAAGGGCAAUGUACAGCCACAUAAAAACACUGAAAAGCAAUACAAUGCAAUCAUUAAAAUUAUUCCUUAUGCCUGUGUUGUUGUAUGUUACACUGCAAAAUAAUAGGAUCCUCUAGAAAUAUAUAUUGGGGGAACAGAUGAAGUCCCACAAUUGGAGUACCUGAAUGAAUGUCCAAUAGUGAAGUGCAAAUAUGAUCAUUGGAUUCAGUCCUGCAAGAAUUUGUACAGUGAACUUUUGCUCGGGCCCAUUAUCUUAUUUUAUAAAUUGUGGGGUACAUAUUUGUGUUUUGGAUGAAAUUCAAUAUCUAUCAUUCACCCCAUAUUUGCCUUUAUUCUAAUGUUUCUAUUAGUUGCCAAGCAACAUUAAGAGAUUUCAGAUUAUGGUGUCUCCACCAUUUGGAACAACAGUGGACCUAGCUAGACAUGGCAUUAAUUACAUUGUAACAUGGUUUUAAAAGUUUUGAAAGCAGGAAGUGGGUUGUCAUUUGACAUCACAGCAUCUUGGGAGGGGGUUUGAAGCCUUCUCAGUCAAAAUCUUGGUGGAAAUUACCCUCCACCUCCCUUUUGGCAAUUGGCACCAACAAAGAAAAUCCUAUUGGACAUGAGAAGUCGCAGGAGAUUGGUCACUGGCCUGGGAAAUUCUACUAAAAAAAUAAAAUUAAAUUAAGAGUGUUGGGGUUUUUUUGUGUCAUGUACUAGGCAAGAUUUUCCUUAUAUCCCAUUGAAGUGAGAUGCAGUUUGCAUCAUAAUUUUGGGUACUGUGUUUUCUCCUCACUGUUGUUCUCAGGAAUGUGCAAUUCUCUUAUUAAUUGGUGAAGUGAUGGCAAAUCAGUGGCACAGAUAAUUUUGGCAGUAGUUGGUUAAUUCUAGAGCUGGAACUAACUUUUCCAAAUUUCGGAAUGUGAAUUUUGUCUCACACCAAGUGUUGAUACCAAAAUUUGAUUUUUGACAAGUUGAACAAAAUAAUUAUUCACUGUAUUACAUUGCGUGCCCAGGUGGAGACCCCCCGACCCCAGGCGACACCCGGGGGGAAUAAUGACACAUGACAUGUAUUAUGGGAUUAAAAUUGUCCACAACUUUAUUAAACUUUCAGAUGUAGGAAGACCUUGGCUUAGGCAUUGGGCAUUUAUACCUCUCAGUCCCUGGGCGGGGAUCUGGGGCACAUCAGGGUUAACCAAUCUAUCUGGGGAUUGGGCUGGCUCUGAAUGACGUAUGUUUAAGCAGAGAGCCCGCCCCCCCAUUUCACUGCAACACAGGGGAGUGCACUGACAACCUUUCAGCGUAUGGCCAGUGACUCCCCUCAACACAGCUCAUUUAAUGGGGAACCCUGGGAUUGAACCCACGGGGGGGGGGGUGUCACCAUUUCAUGCCCCUUCCCCAUUGAGGGAAGAAAGACUAAAGGAUUCUGCUCAAGGCCUGAAACCGCCAAAGUUGUGAUGUUUUGCUAUGGGGAAGGUGAAACCUGCCAAUUUAGUGAAAAUUCCUUCCCGGUCCUUUAACAGCAACCAUUGCAAGACCGUAGCAGCGGUUGAAUACCUGUAAAGAAAAAGUUAACCUGCAAUAAAAGGCCUAAACGAAGUGAGGGUAUGGCAGGUGAAACUCUGGAGCUGACUGAGAGCUCCUAGGUAGGCUCUACCCCCUUAUAUGCUUAAAGAGUGGACCCUACCCUUACUUGGUCUGCUCCCCUGGCUCCACCUCCCCAGUCACGAUUGGUUAUUUAAACUGAGGUUUGCCAGAACCUCAAGGUUCAUGACUGGGGAGGUGCUCCAAGAGUGCUCUGCCGGGAGUCAUGUAGGAUUGGGGGUGCUGCGCAUGCAAAGGGUGCCCUCUGUUUGAUGUAGAGUGCAGCCAUUCUACUCUGUGGCAUCUAUCAAAUAUUGCCAAAUACCAAUCGCCACUGUACACCUGCUGUCUCAUAAGGUCUCCAUAUGUCAAAUACAAAUGUAAAAACCUUUAAGAAUAUUGUAAUUCAUUGAUAUUGUAUUUCUUUGAAACUACUGGUAUUGCUUUACCCAGGCCUACAAUGUGGCUCGUUUUGAUAGUGGCUUGCUUAAUCCAAGAGGCUUCCGCUGCAGAAGAAGUUAUAAGUGGAAGACAUUUGAAUCCUCAGGAAUUUAUGACUGUUGUAAGUUGCUUAUUCAAAUGCAUUUCCUGCAGAAUUUCAGAUCCUGUGUGGGUUAUCCCAAAGAAACAGAUUAUUCAUUUGCAAGUGUUUGACACAAGCCAUCUUUUCUGGUUAGGUGAAUGACUGAGUCGGGCUAAUUUAUGCCCUGCUGAAAGUUCAGAGGGCCUAGCUUAAUGUAAAUGUUGACUUUGAGCCUGCCUGUGUUUACAGGAGAUUAUUACCUGAAGGCAAACAUGAGUCCAUUAUGAAAAACUUGGCAUACAUCUUAUGUAUUUCUCUGUGCUGGUUUACCACACAAAUCAAGCAAUUUGCGUUAAAGUAGCACAGAAUGAUUCUUCUUUGACUGUUUUGCACCAGCAUGGAGAAAACCAGAGGCAAUCAGCAUGCUGGGCCACUGCGCACAAAAAUAUUGGCCAAAUGUUGAUUGAUGCUGUUAGGACAAAGACAGCCAAAAUGGAUUCCAAUUCCCAUCAGUUCUAGCUGGCAUGGCUAAUGAUCAGAGAAGAUGGGGGUUGUAGUUCAAAAAUAAAAUAAAAUUGGAGGGUCCCACAUUGCCUAUCCCUUUGUUAGAUGGAAUUAAAACCAGCCUCUUUGACAACUCUAAUGUGUGAACUGGGCUUUAGCUUUGAGCUUUUUGGUGUUUACUAUUUCUAUACUUUCCCUCUUGUGCUGCUGUUAGGGGACUCCUUUCUCACAAGAGUUGAAUGUGGGGCUACCAGGACGAUAGUGGAGGAAGGCCGCUAGCGUAUUUCUCAGAAUCUGCUCCUGUAUUCAUUGAAUACAUGAAAGUGUUCCCAUGAACACCUCUCUGAACUUUGCCAAAGCUAACCCCUGCUCUGCUGAACUCCUGAAGUACACCCAUAUGGAAGGAAACAAGUCUAGAAUCUGGAAAUGUUGAGGAUCAGAGCUUUUUUCAGCAGGAACUCACCGGAACUCAGUUCCUGCACCUCUCAGCUGGGCACCAUUGCCACUCAUGGUGAGGUCCAGCACUUCUUUCUCUAGAAAAAUAGCACUGUUGAGACUGGUGGCAAUAUUUAGCAAUUAGAUUAGAGCGCCUGGGAAACUGGCGUCUGGGAUUUUAAAAAAUUUAAUAGGAAAUGUCUGGGAUUUUGUCUGUUCCCUGGAUUUGUACUUCUUGAAAUAUGGCAACGCUAAAUUAGAUAGAACCAUAGCUUCAUAGAGUUGGAAGGGAUCAUUGAGAUAAUCCAGCCUAAUCCAAACCCCCUGCUUGAUGCAACAAAUCCAGAGCUAUAGCACAUCCCCUGCUUAAAGAUCACCAGCAAGGGAGGUGACACUCCCCUUCUUGGUAAUUGCUUCUGUUCUUGAAUAUUGUAAGCCAUUUUGAGACCUGAUGGGUACUAAAUUGAAAACAACAGCAACAGCUGAAGCCUGUAGAUCUAAUUCUGCCCUCUGUGGCAGCAGAGAACGUGUUCUUUCCCUCUGGUAACCCUUCAGUGCUUUUGAAUCUUCAAAGCCUUUCAAAUGUGCUAUUUCAUUAUUUCAAGAAACAACCCUUACUGCAACCCUGUGAAGUGUGUAAGUAUUACUACCUGCUAACUGCUGAUGCAAAAACCUGAUACUGAGAGCUACCUAGUAACCUGUGAUUAAGGUGAGACUUGAACUCAGCAUUUUCUAGUUCAGUGAAGAUAACACAGUUCUCAAAAUUAAGUUCUUGGAGCAAAUUAGAAAGUGAUUUUUUUUGUUUUUAGAUUUGUUCACUUUUAUGUCCUUGUUUUAAGAAAGCUAAAAGCAGGGGUGGGAAACCUGUUGGUUCUGCAGAUGCUGGACUCAACAACCUCAGUCAACCUGGUCCCUGGGCAAGGAUUAUGCAAGUUGCAGUCCACCCACCAACAUGUGAAUGGUGCCUGUGGCUUAGGGGCUGGCUCAUAAAGUUAUUUAUCUUGGCUAUGCAUAUAUGCCUUGGGGUGUGGGAUGGGGUCAUGAUUUCUUUUUCUCCCAAUCUGCAGAAUGAAGUCAUUAAAUACUGGGGAUACCCCAGUGAAGAGCAUGAAAUUCUGACAGAGGAUGGCUAUUACUUACAAGCAAACAGAAUUCCUUGUGGAAUGAACAGUUCUAGCAAGACAGGUAAUUUUGGAAUGUAACAGCUGUGCAUUUGGAUUCAUAUAAUACCUUAACUUUCUUUUUUGUAAGUUGUUUGAGCUUCAUUGUGUGGGUGGGAAGGUCCCAGCAAAAGCUAUAAUUAAUAAAUAAAUAAACUAAACUGUCCCUGUUCGCUAGGGAGAAUUCCUGUCUUCUCAAACCUUACCUUGUUAAAAACUGUUUCAUUUAUUUUAUUGUAUGGCUUUCUGGAUCAACAAUGCUCACUCCUUUGUCAUGCUGAAUAAAAUGGGGGUAGUCAAAAUCACACUCUGCUGUGGAUUACAGCUCCCAUCAUCUCUGACCAUUGGCUAUGCUGACUGGGGCCCAAUGGAGAUGGAAGCCAAAACAUCUGGAGAGCACCAGGUUGGCUACCCCAUCUUAAGCUUGAUUAUAGCCGCAUGUACUUAUCCUGGAAUGAAACAGAAAUGAGAUGCUUCCUGUUUAAAUAUUACACGAUAUUCACUUUCUGAGUGGAUGCGCAUGGGAUCAGGCUAUAAAUAUUCAUUCAUUUAGACAUGCUUAAGAUCAAAACAAAUGUUUACUAACAUAUCCUGAUUCUGAAGCCAGGCUAUAGCUGAGUAAUCUCUGAAAGACAUCAGCAGCAGUGUCUAAUGUGAAAGGUGGGGCAGGGUUAGUGGUCCUUCAUGUAUGAGGAGUACCAUAACAACAUCUCUCUUCUUAUCUGUGAAAUGUUAGGUGGUAAGAAGAGGUGCAAAAGAAUUACAGGAACAAGUACCCAUGUCUGGCCUAGAAAAAGUGACAUUUGUUCAGUAACUCUGGAAGUUCAGGUGUAUCCUGCUGGAGUCAGCACUACAAAGCAUCACGGUGGGCAGGUUUGAUUCUCCAGUAUAAGGCAGAGAGGUCACCCCCAGAUUAUAUUUCUUUGCUUUCUUUUCCAGGGCCUAAGCCCGUUGUUUUACUAGUACAUGGCUUGCUUGCUGAAGGUAGGUGCUGGAUUGCCAAUCUUCCCAACAACAGCCUGGGAUUCUUCCUAGCAGAUGCUGGCUAUGAUGUUUGGAUAAUAAAUACUAGAGGGAGCAGCUGGUCUAGAAGACACAAGACCUUAUCAAUUGACCAAGAAGAAUUUUGGAAUUUCAGGUAUGUUAAAAAGACAUUUUGGAGCUUAGACAAGAAGUACGCUUUUCCUGACUGCUGUCCUUGACAUACAUCUAUAGCAAUCUUAUCUUGUAGGGAAAGCACUUCACUCUUGGACAGGGCUUUGAAGCAUGGCAGAAGAUGUUCCAAUUGAGGUCUUGUAGCAAUAUAUAUGACUCUGCAUAACUCUGUACUGUUAACCUCUUAGCAAUUUCUACGCUACUCCCAUGUUACAGAAUUACAUGCAAUAUAAUUGUAUAUACAAUACAAAUAAAAGAGCCAAGCCCUAUGAGUGGUACUGUUUUUCUAUGCAUAAUUUUAUAAAUAUUAAUACCUAAUACCUUGCAUGUAUUGUUGUAUGUGUUUAUGCCCUGAUUACUUUAGUAAAUCUGGCAUGUAUAUGCAUAUGAUAUCUGUAUAUUAUUACACAUAUAACCCCAGUUACUUAAGAUUAAGCCCCACUGAACUUACUUUGAAUUGACAUGGUUAGUAGUAUGCUGUUAGAUGUUUACCUUAAAAAGGAAGGGGAAGAGUAACAUGGAAGGUCUACAGGUUUCCCUAGCCUUGUUUUACACUGUGGCAGUUGUUUGUCUAAGCGAGAAAGAGGUUCUUCCAGGAUCUUGUGUUUCUGUAUCUAAGCGUAGGUGGGCAAUACAACUACUGUGUUUUGUAUGUCUGUAUUUCAGUUUUCAUGAAAUAGCAAUAUACGAUAUUCCAGCAACUAUAGACUUCAUCCUAAAGAAAACUAGGCAAGAAAAAUUAUAUUAUAUUGGCCAUUCCCAAGGUGGGACACUAGGUAAGUUAUGAUCAAGUUAUUGAAACGUAUUUCAUCCUUGUAGCCUUUGUUAAUUGCGUUGGGACUAGAAGUUGAAUAUGCAGUACUGAGUCUCUAGGAAGACUCAUCCACUGAAACUAAGGUGAACCCUUCUGUUGUUGAACCCUGCAUGUAUGCUUUAUUGCAAAUGGUUUGCAACUCAGGGACAGCAUAAAGAGCCACUUACACACUUGUUGUUUAGUCGUUUAGUCGUGUCCGACUCUAGAAAGAGAUCAUUGCUUAAGGUGAAAGCCAAUUAGGGUUGCUCUGAUGAUUAAAAGCAUCUAUUCGUGGAACAGAAUCACAAACUGGUGUGGAAGUGUGGAAAACUGAAUUUUGGACUGGGAAAAUUAGGAAGAGAGAGAAUCUGAAAUUGACCAAUUGGUUAAUCCCUAGUGUAAGCCCCACUGCAUUCUGUAGGACUUCUAAGUAGCCCGGAAAGGAGUGCACUGUUAAGGAUUCAUAGGAGCAUAAGAACAAUGCAAGUAUUGUUUCCCACCCCAAUGUACUGUUCCAAAUACUUACGGCUCCCAUUUAUGGAAUGCUUUGGGGUUGUUUUUUGCAGGUUUUAUUACCUUUUCCAUCAUUCCUCAGCUUGCUCCGAAAAUCAGUCUCUAUCUGUCAUUUGCUCCUGGCUACACAUUGGUAAACAGCAAAGGACUUUUCUAUAAACUUUUGGUAAUUCCUGAUGGACUCAGAAGAGUAAGUAUUUCUUACAUGAUUUAAUUACAGUGGACUCAAUAUCAUUAUUUCUGAAUAGUUUUGAGUGUUGGGUGAUUCCCCUUUGUCCAAUUUGCAAGUGAGCUGGAUAAAAGAAGGGAUCUCCAAACACUCAUCCAUUAUUGUGUUAUGACUGUGAUAAAGAGCUAAAGGUAAUUAGACAUGCUUCUAAGCAGAUUUGGAAUUAUUUGCGCAUUUUUGUAUUUCAGCUCAUAUGGGGCAAUAAAGAAUACUGUCUUCUUAGCAAGGAAUUGAAAGCCCUUACUGCCAAGAUAUGCAGCUACCCAGUUAUAGACAAAUGGUGCCUCCGGUUCCUUUCCCUUGGGGUGGGAUUUAACGAGAAAAACUAUAAUGUGGUAGGUGCUUUCUCUUUAUAUCUUUUGACACAAGAAAAAGAGAAGUGAACUUCUACACAUGAAUACAGUAUGGAGCAGCAGCAGCAGCAGCAGCAGCAGCAGCACUAUAGCAGCCCAGCACACACUAAACAAUUGUUUUCAUGUUAUAUUUUGCAUAUUGAAUUCUAAUAAAGAACCUGGGCCCUGAAGUCUGAAGAGGGGAGGUCAGCUUGAAGUUUUACUGAUGAGUGUGGCCCACUGGGUGAGCCCUCUCUAUAGUGUACCCCAAGUAGCAGAGCGCCUUCCAUUUAGAUGAGAUUUCUCUGUAUGUUUAAAGUUGCUAUUGAAUAUUUAUAGGAUGGUGCUCUGCAACAUAAAAUAAGCUAUGCAAGAUGUUAUUUGUAGAGUAUAAGAUCAGAACGUAAAGCAUAUGGGUAUCAUAUUAAGCACUGGUAUUGUGCUGGUUCAUGCUGCAGUGUUGCCCCUAACCAGUCAUGGAAAAGAAUUAGGAAUGAAAAGAGCUUGCUACACAAAAGCAUCAUUGGAAGAGAGCAAAAUAAGAGAGACUGUGGAAUGUGUUUGCUGUUUUCAUACAACUUAAGGCAGGACAACUUACCUUGUUUUUCCAGAGUCGAGCAGACGUGUAUGUUGGAAUCUUUCCUGAUUUUUCUUCUGUCAAAGCAGUGGACCACUGGGGCCAGGUAGAUUUUGAUAACUGUCUUCAGAGCAGUGCCAAGGCCUUAGUCCAAAGUCUGGUAUUUGGACUGAAUGUGCCAUUUAGAGUAUGUGUUUAUAAAUAAUCAAGUGCGCAGGGCAUACCUUCCAAAUGUCCCAAUUUUCCAGGGACAGUCCCCAAAUUAUGAAAGCUAUUCCUGCUUCAGAUUUGAUCCUGGAAUGUCCCUCAUUCCCCCACCAGUGCUGCUACCACCAAACUUGGGGAGGUGGAUAAGCAAGUGGUUGUACCGAGUGGCAGUGUCUGCGGCUGAGAGGGAGCCUCCUACCAUGGGCAGCUCGUAGCAGCUGCUGGAGAGCAGCGAAGAGGAAGAGGGGCUGCCACCGUGGCGGCCCAGCCUUUUGUGAAGUGCCUGCUCUGAGGGGCAGGCAGAGGGCAGGGCUUGGAGCAGAGCACAAGGAGUCUUUAUUUGUUUAUUUUAUAAAAAGGGUUCAUCCCCCCCAUCUACAUCUAAUCUCGCCCCUUUCGAAAACUUAUAUUUUAGUGUAUAUUUUUCUUUUUGUGAAUUUACCAAAGAAUAAAAUAAAAUAAAAUUAGAAUGAAGGGGUAGUGGAGGGCAUGUGUACUGCAUCCCAUCGGUGCAGUGCUGGCACUCAUUUUCCUCCUGGUAGGAAAUGCUCUGCGGUGGCGGGGAAGGGCAAAAAAAAAAAUGAGGUGUCAAGGAGGGUCAGUUGGGGGAGAGUGAGAAAUGCCCCUAUUUUCAUCUGAGGAAUUUUGGAGGGUAUGCUAGGUUGGUUAGUAGAGUCCUUAGUUAUACAUAUAUUACACCCAGUGCUUUUUUCUGGGGGGGAGGAAGCAGGGGUACGUGUACCCCUAAACAUUCUGUGUUGCCCUGACCGACUGACCGACGGACGAACCAACAUGCCAGCUGUCUCUUCAGUAGCAGCGUGGACUGGAGCUCUAUCAUUCUCCUUACCGGUGGCCGGGGAGGGGAGUCUGGGGUGGCAAUGGUGGGGGCAACAGUCUCCUCCUCCUCUUCUUCCUCCUCCUCCUCAUUGUGGGCUACAGCCAGCCAGCUAGCACUCUCCCCUUCUCUCUCAAGCCGACUCUGCUGUGGGCCUUUCCGUACUCUCAGUGCCACCUCCUCAAGUCCCCUCAUCUAGGGGUUGGGAAGGUGUUGGGGGACAGGAAGGGGGCUGAGGGGGAGGGGGAGCAGCCAAAAUGAGAGUUCUCCUAAAUAUUUUUUUUUAGAAAAAAAGCACUGAUUACACCAAUAUUUAAAGAUCAGCACAGGCCCUAGACAACUUGGGACUAGGAUACCAUUAUAUGCCCUCAAAAGAUUGCUAAGAUUUUCAGCAGAGGCCUACUGGCUAUACCAUGAUAAAUGGAAUGCCAACUUGUGACAUCAAGGAAGUGAUAUUCACCCUCUGGAGUAUGCGCCACAUGCCACUUUCCCAGUGGAAACAAUAGUUACAAAAAUAGUAAAAUAGUUUGGCUUUUAUUUAUAUAUGUUAAUUGUUUUAUUGUUUUAGUUUAUGACAAAUAUUUCUAUCAUCUAGCUAUCUAUCAUCUAUCUAUCUAUCUAUCUAUCUAUCUAUCUAUCUAUCUAUCAUCAUCUAUCUAUCAUCUAUCUUUCUAUGUAAACCACUUAGGGAUCAUGUAUAUUUAGUGAUAUAAAAUAUUAUAUAUUAAUUCCUUAAAUAAAUUAAAUAUUUUUACACAUAUUUUUUAAGGGGCUCCACUAUUUUAAGCAAGAGGUUUCAUAAAUAUUGCAUGAGGAGGAAUUCUAGCAAUUCACAUCACCUGAAUUUGUAUUAGCACAUGACUAUGUUUCAAAAUUAAAAUUUUCAAACUCUACAUAAUUCUUGUCCUUCUUCUAGGUCACUAGGACGCAUAAAUUUAGAUUUUUUGACUAUGGAUGCAGGAACAAAGUUGUAUACAAUAUGGUAAGGAAAAGGAUGAGUUUGGGUUCUGUUUUAAAAUUCCGCGUUAAAAAAAUGCUGUAAUGUUUGAAUUCUUGCACACUUCCUUCAGGGACUCUUAAAGACUGAGAGAACAUCAAAGAAGUACACAGAAUUAUGGGUUGUAUCCAACACUGUGCACACAGAGUUCCACUUGCAUAAUUAGGGAUCCCCUACCUCUGCUCUGGGGCCUCUCUCAAUCCUUGGCACAGAUUUUAAGAGUGUGCUGCUUAGCAGAAGUUCAGUAGUACAUGCAGAGGUCUAUAGCACAAACAGAUCUGCAGGGCUGGAUACGAUCCAAUGGUUUUAUUUCUAUGGAAGCAAACAGACAAAUAACAAAUAUGCAUUCCAGUCUGGAUCCUGACCUUUGCUUCUUUUAAUUUCCUUACUAGAUGUCCAUCUACUUUCUUAAAAAAAACAGCAGGACCCCAUCAUAUUUCUUCUUGAGUAAUCAGUUCUUUCAUUUUUAAUAUUGCAACAUGUUUUCACAUGCAUAAGUACUCUACUUUUUCAUUUUGUACCCUCCAUGAUUGUUAUUCUCAUUAAUGUCUUUACAAUUCUUUUCAUCUUGUCAGCAUCAUCAUUUUAACUGUGAUGUGUUCACUAAAUAUUCCUUAUCUGUGGGAAUCAACAGAGAUUCUUGUACCAUUUGUUAAGAAGCUGUUUUUCCCACUGGGGAGCAGAGAUGGUCAGCUUAAGAUGAGAACUUUCGUUGAAUUUAGCAUGUAUAAAUUAUUGUGUGAAUCUGAUUGGCAGGUUUAGCACGGUGCCCUCUGCACAUUAGAGAAAUCAUUUUCUCUUCUCAACAUUAAAAUGCUAGAAUUUCCUAAAUAAAGGAGUCAGUAAAAUUUCGUAAUGUUCUUCCUCAGGUUGUAGUAAACUAUUGUAGGAUACUAUUAACAGUCACUAAGUAAAUGUUGAUCAAAUAUGAAAUAUGUAAAUUAAAUUCCUGCAUUGAUAUCCAUUUUUGCUAUUACAUGCUUAUGGGAUCGUCACUCCACACAUUCCUUGCUGAUCUUGAUUCACAUGAUCCGGAGCAUAAUAUUAUACAUUAGAGUAAUUAAUCUUCAACUACCAAAUUAAUGGAUCUCCAAAAAUGUACUUCAUGUAACUAACAUUUUAACACAGGAGGUUUUGCUAUGUAUUAUUGGCCCAGGGAAAACAUGCAAGUACUAAAGAGGGGUAAAUGCAUAAAGGGAAAAAUAAUAGUUUUUCCGAUGCCAUACAUCCCAGAAGACUGAAGGUUCAGAAUGAGGAAAUGUCAGAAAGGUACAAAAAUAUGUCAGCGUCAUCACUGAAACCUAUUUCUGUUUUAUUUUUCACCCCCAGACCACACCCCCAUUUUAUAAAAUAGAAUGCAUGGAAGUGCCAACAGCUUUGUGGAGUGGAGGACAGGACAUUAUGGAAGACGUAAAGGAUAUUCAACUCUUAAUCCCUCGAAUCCCUCAUUUAGUUUUUUACAAGAAUAUCCCUGAUUGGCAGCAUCUGGAUUAUAUCUUUGGUCUUGAUGCUCCAAAGCGGCUAUACCCUGAUGUGCUUAAACUGAUGCAGAAGUUCAAAUAA